UUGAGACGAGGGAGUCGUUGGACACAGACGUGCCAUUGCGCUAGUAUAAUCGUGUUUCGUAAAGCCAAGCCAGAAAACGUGUUUAUUUGAAUUAUUGUGUGGUGAUAAAAAGUUUUAAUAAUAAUAAGCGGGCUGUUAUGUGAUGAGACAUUUCGGAUUUUAUGAAGAGGAUGUUUCUUUUAAUAGCCGUUAUCAGCUUACUUAUAAAAGAGUCCUUAUUACUGAGGAUAGUCCGGGUCAAUGUGCCGUCGUAUCGAGUGAGGGGUCAGCUGGCACAGUUGGAUUGUGAUUACGAAUUAGGAGACGAUACGUUAUAUUCAGUGAAAUGGUACAGAGAUAAUGAAGAGUUCUAUCGAUACAUGCCAAAAUAUGACCCCCCAAAGCUUUGGUAUAAAUUGGAUGGAGUCAAAGUUGAUCUGUCAAAAUCGGACGAUAGAAGAGUAGUAUUACAUCAGGUUACACUAAAAUCAUCAGGAUUAUACAGAUGUGAGGUUUCUGCUGAAGCUCCAAGUUUUGCGUCAUCGGCUGGGGAAGGUAGAAUGGAAGUUAUAUAUUUACCUCGGGAAGGGCCAAGAAUAACAGGAAAUGAACAGGAAAAUAGACGAGGGGAUUCCUUAUUUUUAAAUUGUACAUCAGGACGGUCAUAUCCAGCAGCUAUUUUGAGUUGGGACAUCGAUGGUGAAAAGGUAACUGAUCCGGCGCUACUAGUAGAAUAUCCACCAAUCCAGCACUCGCAUGGACUGCUUUCAACUGCAUUAGGGCUGCGGGUACCAGCAGGUCGAACUAUGCAAGUUAAAUGUACGGCAAGGGUUGCGCCUGCAUGGAGGGAAGGCAGCGAAGCAGUGGUUGGCAAUAGCCAGCUAGCAGACAGUAAGGAAGCUAUGUUGUUAGUGAGGAGCUCAAGCGCGACGUCUACAUUAAGUGUAACGUUGUUAACACUUUGCCUACUCCAAUUUCUCAGUUCUUUAAAACAAACGUGAUAAUUUAUUCCCUCUAAGUUAUUAAUACGACUUUGGUGACACGAACUCUGAAAGGACGAUUAAGGCACGCCAUAUAGAAUAUUUUAUGAUAUAAGUUUUUUUUAUUCCAAGAGUAAUCAAAAUCAUUCUAUCGAAUUGCAUAGAUGGAUCAUAUUAUUAUUUAUAGAUCAGAUCGCAUACAUAUCUUUUAUAUAUCUUUAGGAAUUAUUUAUUUCACAUUUAUUUUAUAAUUAUUAAUAAAUCUGAAACAAUGUCAAUUAUUUGUUUUCUCGUUUCAACAAAGCUUAUAAUUGUAAUCUAAAUUAUUAUGAAAUGUAAAUACAAGUUUAGGGAUGCCUUCUUAGAUAUACUGAUACUAAUGUAAAUAAUAGAAGUUCUUUUAUAUCGUUAUUGAAAAUAUUAGGCAAUAAACAAAAAUGUACGUAUUUAAUUGAAAAUGUUGAUGUAAAUUUAGUAUGCGUUUCAACUUUAUUAUUUUAUUAAAUUUGAUAUAAUUAAGGA